CAAUCGAUGUCCAGUACAAUAUUCCUUGGUUUUGCUUGCUUAAUCCUCAGCAGCAAAUAUCAAGCUUGAGCCCCUGUAUAUAAGUACCUGCAGUGUGUCGCUUUAUUUUUCGUAUGUACCAGCAAUCAAUCAAGCAGCUGAAACAAGGAGGCUCCUGCUAUACAUUCUAAUUGAUUAAUACGAUUAUUAUUGCUUCAGCUAACACUGCAGUAUAUCAUGGAUGAUGAUACAACAACAACUGGGCACACAUGGCUCUUGAUGAUCACCGUUUUCCCUACCAUCAUCAUCAUAGCCACCAUGAUGAUCGCACGAGCAAGAACCAUCCCUCCAAAGCCGCCCAAGACGAGGCGGCCAAAUAAUCAGCCACCGCCCGUGGCUGAGGGAGCUCCCAUCGUCGGAGUUCUGCCUGCUAUCCUCACCACGAGCUUACAGACCGUGAUCCGCGACCAGCACUCGAAGCUCGGCAGCGUCUUCACGCUGAGCUCCUUCGGGAUCAAGGUCACGUUCCUGGUCGGGCCAAAGGUUUCCGCCCAUUUCUUCCACGGCACCGAAUCGGAGAUCAGCAUCGCCGACGUUUACAAGAUCACCGUCCCCAUCUUUGGCAAAGGGGUCGGCUACGAUAUCGACAACGACACCCGGAACGAGCAGCACAGGUUCUUCGCCGGGAUUUUGAGGCCGGCGAAGCUAAGGAGCCAUGUCGGCCUCAUGGUUCGUGAGGUGGAGGAAUACUUUGCGAAAUGGGGUGAACGCGGCACGGUUGAUCUGAAACAGGAGAUCGACAGCGUGCUGAUGCGGAUCGCGAGCCGGUGCCUGCUGGGGACUGAGGUCCGGGACCACAUGCACGGCGAGGUCUCGUCGCUCCUCCACGACCUCAUCGGCGGCCUACACCUCGUCAGCAUGUUUUUCCCGCACCUCCCGACCCCGGCGCACCGCCGCCGCGACCGGGCGCGGGCGAGGCUCGAGGAGAUAUUCUCCGGGAUCGCCAGGUCGCGCAAGAGCUCCGACCGCGCCGGCGACGACAUGCUGCAGGCCCUGAUGGACUCCAGGUACAGGGACGGCCGCGCCACGACGGAGGCGGAGGUCACCGGGCUGCUGGUGGCGCUGCUCUUCGCCGGCCACCACACGAGCUCCACCGUCACCGCCUGGACGGCGGCCCGCCUGCUCCGCCACGCCGACUGGCUGCGCGCGGCCACGGAGGAGCAGGGGCGGAUCAUGCACGUCACCAUCGACUACGACGCCCUGCUCCGGAUGGACGUCCUCCACCGCAGCGUCAAGGAGGCGCUGCGCCUCCACCCGGUGACUCCGAUGAUCCUCCGCCGCGCGCGCGAGGCGUUCGCCGUGCGGACCGAGGAGGGAGACGAGUACGAGAUCCCGGAGGGGCGCCUGCUGGCGAGCCCGCUGGUGGUGAACAACAUGCUACCCGGCGUGUACAGGGACCCCGACGCGUUCGACCCGGACCGGUUCGCCGCCGGCAGGGAGGAGGACAGGGCAGGCGGCGAGCUCGCGUACACCUCGUUUGGCGCUGGGAAGCAUGCCUGCAUGGGCGAGGGCUACGCAUACCUGCAGAUCAAAGUGAUACUGAGCCAUCUUCUGAGGAAUUUCGAGCUCGAGCUGGUUUCUCCGUUCCCGGAGACGGAGGACAUGAUCUCCAUGAGGCCCAAAGGUGAAGUCAUGGUAAGGUACAACAGACGCCUGCUGCAGCAGUGCACCUGACAAGAUCAGUCAGUGCAAGUGAACUCUUGUGGAGCUGAUCAGCAGGAAAAUACCACUGCAAUUGUCCUUGGAAAAUUAUUAUUCGAAAAGCCAAAACUUGGAAAUUGUACCAUUCAUUCUAAACAUGAUGUGCAUCCAUAAA